AUGAACUUUAAAAUAAUAAAAUCGAUUGAAACAGAAUUUGGUAUCAACAUUACAAAAUCCAAAUCCGAAGUUACAGGAUUAACAGUAAUUCUCAUUGAAACCCAAGAAUCGAUAGUUAAUGGGAAUUUCUUAGUUGCUACAGAAGCUGCGGAUGAUUACGGAUGCCCUCAUACUUUAGAACACCUAGUGUUCCUUGGAAGUGAACUAUAUCCCCACAAGGGAGUUUUAGAUACACUGGCUAAUAGAGCGUAUGCUAAUGGGACAAAUGCAUGGACGGCACAAGAUAAUACAACAUAUACAAUCCAAACGGCAGGAAGUGAGGGGUUUUUAAAUUUAUUACCCAUUUAUGUGGAUCAUAUCCUUUAUCCUACGUUAACUGAAAGUGGAUGUUAUACUGAAGUUCAUCAUAUUAAUGGAAAAGGGGAAAAUGCUGGGGUACAGAUUAUUUAUUAUUUUGAUCCAUAUGUUUUUAUUAUUAAUCUUAGUCGUUUCUAUCUAAGGUGGUUUACAGGACGAGAAAAUUCCGAUGAAUUUCGCAUUGAAUUAAAGUAUCGACGAUUGAUAUAUCCAGAAGGAUGUGGAUAUCGCUAUGAAACUGGUGGUCUCAUGGAAAAACUAAGAACACUCAGUGUAGAAACUAUCCGUCAAUAUCAUAAAGAUUAUUAUAGACCGGAUAAUCUAUGUCUCAUUAUUACUGGAAAUAUUUCAUAUAAUGAACUAUUAAAAACACUUGAUCCACUAGAUAAGAGGAUAUCCGAGAAGACAAAAGGCUCUUUGCCAACUCAUAAAAGACCAUUUGUAGAUUCCCCACCAAUUCCGUUACUUGAAAAGUCUAUUAGAGACCAAGUAGAAUUUCCUGAUGAAGAUGAAAGUGUUGGUCAAUUACUUAUUGUUUGGUUGGGUCCAUUAGUCGAUGAAUUCUUGGAAAUAGUAGCAUUAGAAGUUCUUCAUGAAUAUUUAUCAGAUUCAGCGGUUUCAGUAUUACAAAAAGAAUUUGUAGAGACGGAAGAUCCAUUAUGUACAGAUAUUGAUAUAUCAGUUCAACCUCAAACUCGUACAGCUAUUUUAGCUACUUUUUAUAAUGUUCCAACUUCUGAAUUAGAUGAUUUAGCAGAUAGUGUAUUAGAAGUAUUUCAAAGAAUUGUUGAAAGUGAAGGAAUCGACAUGAAUCGUAUGAAAACCGUUAUACGAUUAGUGAAAUUAAGGUCUCUAAAUAUUAUUGAAACAAAUCCACAUAAUUAUUUUAGCGAUCUUUGUAUCAUAGAUUAUGUUUAUGGCAAAGAAACAGGAGAAUAUUUAGAGAGAGCAACAAAAGACUUAAAAUAUUACGAUCAGUUAUCUGAGUUUACUGAACAACAAUGGAUACAAUAUCUAAAAAAAUAUCAUUUAGACAAUCCGAACAUAACAAUCUUGGGCAGACCUUCUGCUACACUUGCUGAAACAUUGGCAGAACAAGAAAAAAAACGUACUGAAAAACAAAUCGAGAAUUUAGGAACAGACAAAUUAAAAGAAUUAGAAGAGCGCUUAGAGAAAGCCAUAAAAUCAAAUGACGUACCUAUACCUUCUAGUGUUAUUGAAAAUUUUCCUGUGCCUAGUGUCGAUAGCAUUCCUUUUAUUAGUUCUGUCACCGGUCGUAAUAAGCCUGAAGGGAAAUUCGAUAACCCUCUUCAAAAAUAUCUUGACCAAGAUUCAAAAAUCGAUAUUCCUUAUUUUAUUCAAUACGAUC